CAUUUGGUUGGCAAUCAUAACACCGAUCACUACACGUGGCAUAUAUUGCUAUACAAUAACACUACUCAAUACGAUCACCAGAAGAGUGACACUCUUGUAGUUGUGUUUGAAAUAGAGGAAACAAUGGUUAGAUCCCAGAAGAUGAGAGUCGCCAACGAGAAGGCCUCGAAGAAUGUGCAGAAUCGGGGAAAUGUACCCAAAACUACGAAAGCGGCCGAUGAGAAGUACCCAGUUGGUCCGUGGAUGUUGGCACUGUUCGUGUUCGUGGUGUGCGGUUCGGCUAUAUUUCAAAUAAUCCAAAGCAUCCGAUUUGGC